AUGCUUUGGCUUGUACUCUUGUGUGUUGCGGGCGCUCACGCUCAGUGCAUCACUGGAGCCUUCCAAUGUAACGACGGACAGUGCAUCCCCGGUAGCUGGGAGUGUGACGACUGGGGAGACUGUUCACAGGGGGAGGACGAGGCAACUGCUAACUGCCCUGGAAGUGCCUCUUGUGAUGCCGAUCAGUUCACCUGCGGUCAUGGCAACACGUGCAUCCCCACCGACUGGAUCUGUGAUGGAGACAACGACUGUGGAGACUCGAGCGACGAACAGAACUGUGGUGCCGGUACCCUGACGACCUGCGGCGGCGGUAACUACCACCAGGACUCCGGCAGUUUCCAGCUGCUGAACUACGCCAACAACCAGGACUGCACCUGGAAGGUCACCGUGGCAACCGGAAAGUACGUUAUGCUGGCCUUCACCCAGUUCGACGUCGAGCAAGACAGCACCUGCGGUUACGACUACGUCAGGGUGUACGACGGCCACUCUACGCACUCCCCCGUGCUGGGAACGUUCUGCGGCAGCAGCCUCCCCUCUAACGUCGUGGCCUCUUCCAACAUCAUGACCGUGCGGUUCGUGUCGGACAGCUCCAUCACCGAGACCGGCUUCGCCGCUACCUACAGCGCCGUGGAUACCCCGCCUGCCGUGACCCCACCAACGGUAACUCCCGUUGGAAGCUGUGGGAACAUCGUCCUGACCAGUGACUCCGGUACCUUCACCUCCCCCAACUACCCCAGCCAGUACCCCAACCUCGCCCAGUGCUCCUGGAAGAUGUCCGUCACCCCCGGCAAGCUGGUUCAAAUCAAUUUCGCCUCCAUGGACAUAGAGGAACAUGGCGGCUGCAGUUUUGACUACAUUACCGUGUACGAUGGGCCCGACGCCAGCGCACCGAUUCUGCGCACGCUUUGUGGCACCUCCCCCCGUGUGGUUGUUGCCAGCGGCAACCAGGCUUUCGUGGUGUUCACUACCGACAUGUUGAUGGCCGCGACCGGAUUCUCUGCCACUUUCUCCGCCAUAGAUCCCCCAACCACCUGCGCACCUGGUACCUUCACCUGCUGGAACGGAAACUGCGUCGGCGGCAGUCUGGAGUGCGACGGAAAUGACGACUGCGGAGACGGAAGUGACGAGUUCCUCUGUGGCGGAGACUCCACCUGCGGAACCGCCCCCAUCCAGCCCGUCUUCCCGCCAACCCGUGUGGUGGGAGGCGAAGCUGCAGUUCCCGGCAGCUGGCCCUGGCAGGCGUCUCUCAUGACCUCCUACCACUUCUGUGGAGGCUCCCUCAUCCACCCCGAGUGGAUCCUGACCGCCGCUCACUGCAUCGCUGAUGACCCUACUCCCAGCCGGUACAGUGUCAUCUUGGGCAAGCACUUCUCUGACGGGUCCAGCACGUCUCAGGAGGAAUACUUUGUUUCCAAGGUCAUUGUUCACGAGGAGUACGAUGAUAACUUAUUCGACAGGGACUUGACCCUGCUGAAGCUGUCCCGCCCCGCUACCCUGGGACAGUACAUCCACAUCGCCUGUCUGCCCGAGCACGCUGGUGACGAUCCCCCAGCUGGCACCACAUGUGUCACCACUGGUUGGGGAGACACUCAGGGUAGCGGUAACGACGAUGUCCUGAAGCAGGCUCGCCUUCCUCUGGUCAGCAACGCCGACUGUAACGCCACCGCGUCCUACGACGGAGGGAUCACAGAGUACAUGAUGUGCGCUGGCUUCUUCCAGGAGGGCGGCCAUGAUGCUUGCCAGGGUGACUCCGGUGGCCCUCUGGUCUGCCCCCGCCAGGGCAAGUGGUACCUGAACGGUGUGGUGAGCUGGGGCUACGGCUGUGGCCUGCCCAACUAUCCCGGCGUGUACGCCCGUGUCACCUCCAUGUUGGACUGGAUCCACCAGAAGAUGGCUGCCAACUCAGGAGGAUUUUCUCGUUCUUCCUUUAUUUCACCGAAAAACGAGAUGCUUUGGCUUGUACUCUUGUGUGUUGCGGGCGCUCACGCCCAGUGCUCCAUUGGAGACUUCCAAUGUAACGACGGACAGUGCAUCCCCGGUAGCUGGGAGUGUGACGACUGGGGAGACUGUUCACAAGGAGAAGACGAGAACACCGCUAACUGUCCUGGAGGCACCACCUGCAGUAACGAUGAGUUCACCUGCGGUCAUGGCAACACGUGUAUCCCCAGCAACUGGAUCUGUGACGGAGAUAACGACUGUGGAGACAUGAGCGACGAACAGAACUGUGGUGGUGGUGUCGACCCUACCGACCCCGGUACUCUGCAGUCCUGCGGCGGUAACUACCACCAGGACUCCGGCAGUUUCCAGCUGCUGAACUACGCCAACAACCAGGACUGCACCUGGAAGAUCACCGUGGCAACCGGAAAGUACGUCAUGCUGCAGUUCACCCAGUUCGACGUCGAGCAAGACAGCACCUGCGAUUAUGACUACGUCAGGGUGUACGACGGCCACUCUACGCACUCCCCCGUGCUGGGAACGUUCUGCGGCAGCAGCCUCCCCUCUAACGUCGUGGCCUCUUCCAACAUCAUGACCGUGCGGUUCGUGUCGGACAGCUCCAUCACCGAGACCGGCUUCGCCGCUACCUACAGCGCCGUGGAUACCCCGCCUGCCGUGACCCCACCAACCACCGGUGGAAGCUGUGGAAACACCGUCCUGACCGGUGACUCCGGUACCUUCACCUCCCCCAACUACCCCAGCCAGUACCCCAACAACGCCCAGUGCUCCUGGAAGAUGUCCGUCACCCCGGGCAAGCUGGUUCAAAUCAAUAUCGACACCAUGGACGUCGAGGCUGAUGGCGGCUGCAGCUAUGACUCCAUUGCCAUAUACGAUGGUCCCGACGCUAGCGCACCUCUUCUGCGCAAGCUCUGUGGAUCCUCCGCCCGUGAAGUCGUUGCCAAUGGCAACGAGGCUUUCGUGGUGUUCUCCACUGACAGCUCCGUCACCGGGUCCGGCUUCUCCGCCACUUUCUCCGCCAUCGACCCCCCACCCACCUGUGCACCUGGUACCUUCACCUGCUGGAACGGAAACUGCGUCAGCGACAGCCUGAAGUGCGACGGAAAUGACGACUGUGGAGACGGAAGCGACGAGUUCCUCUGCGGCGGCGACUCCACUUGCGGAACCGCCCCCAUCCAGCCCGUCUUCCCGCCAACCCGUGUUGUGGGAGGCGAAGCUGCAGUUCCCGGCAGCUGGCCCUGGCAGGCGUCCCUCAUGACCUCCUACCACUUCUGUGGAGGCUCCCUCAUCCACCCCGAGUGGAUCCUGACCGCCGCUCACUGCUUCGUUGAUGACCCUACUCCCAGCCGGUACACAGUCGUCUUGGGCAAGCACUUCUCUGACGGGUCCAGCACAUCUCAGGAGGAAUACUCUGUCUCCAAGGUCAUUGUUCACGAGGAGUACGAUGAUAACCUUCUGAACAAGGACUUGACCCUGCUGAAGCUGUCCCGCCCCGCUGUCCUGGGACAGUACAUCCAGACCGUCUGUCUGCCCGAGCACGCUGGUGACGAUCCCCCAGCUGGUACCACAUGUGUCACCACUGGAUUCGGAGACACUCAGGGUACCGGUGACGACGAUGUCCUGAAGCAGGCCCGCGUCCCUCUGGUCAGCAACGCCGACUGCAACGCCGCCAAUUCCUACGACGGAGAGAUCAGCCAGUACAUGUUGUGCGCUGGCUUCCAGGAGGGCGGCCAUGAUGCUUGCCAGGGUGAUUCCGGCGGCCCUCUGGUCUGCCCCAAACUGGGCCAGUGGUACCUGAACGGUGUGGUGAGCUGGGGCUACGGCUGUGCCCAGCCCAACUACCCCGGCGUGUACGCCCGUGUUACCUCCAUGUUGGACUGGAUCGGCCAGAAGAUGGCUGCCAACUAAAGGACCUGGCGUGUCGUCCCAACACCGAGAGUUUAGCAAACACUGCGACAACUUUACCAACGUUGAACAACAUCCUACCUUUUGUCAAAAGCAAUAAAGCAUCUGUCAAAAACA